GUCCAUAAAAGUGUCGGAAAUUCGCAAACCGAUAUCCAAAAGCUCACAACGGGUGUACGAUGUAAAGGCACAACUGUUCUGCACGAACAGGCCCGAGAUGAGUAAGAAAAAUACCGCAAAAUUGCAAAAUCUGGAGAGACCCAGAGCCUCGCGAUGUACUCGCGCCGCCAUCUUGGGUAACAUUAUAUAUAUAUAUAUAUCCCAGAAUUCACGGGGGAGGGGGGGUGUUCUGCUUUCAGAUGCAUUUCAUUAUAAAACACUUCAUAAUCUAUAAUUGUCACGGUGCACACAGCAGGGAAUAAACUUCAAAAUAAUAGCCUUUAAUGACGACAUAUCAGGACAGGGCAAGACAAGGCAAGGUCAACACAGACAGGAACACCAGGGAAUAACGAGUAGACCAGACGAAAACUAACUAAACAGGCAGGAACUAAAUACACAUGACAAUCACUGAUAAUUACUGAAACACGGCUGGACAACACUUAACUAAUAAUCACACUUAACAAGGACAGGAACAUGACCAAAUAUGGACACAAGAGGUGGGAACACAUGACACACACGACAGAGGACUGACAAUAAUAAAAUUUAUUAACAACGUAUUUAAUAUUUUCUCUAAACUUUCUUGUAUAUUUAGACAAGCACCUGCAAUUCUGGCCAAAUUAAAGAUAGGUUGUGUGUGAAUUUGCACAUUACUUUGCAAAAACUUUUGCAGUUAGUUUUUAAUAUUACAUUCUUGAGGACUCUAUGCUUACAUUUAUUUUCAGGAGCACUAGUGCCCCUACUUAAAAAAAAUAAAAUAAAAAAUAAUAAAAAAUAGGAACAGACCUUCUGAUCAAUGAUAGGAGGGUCGUUCCUGGGAUUCGGUAACAUUUCAACUUGGAGUAUACAUGUUUUUCAGCUACAUGUGAUUCAACUUCUAAAUACUCCACAUCAUUAAGCACAUAUCAAACCUCCAAAAAAUAUUCAUCAUAUUUUAAUAUAUCAUAUUCAAAAUAUAAUAUUUUCCCACCUCAGGCAUUAAAGACCUUUUAUCAAUUUGAGUUUUUUUGCAGCUUUUUUUUUUUUCUCAACCCCGUAAUGGACAAAAUGGGAUUGGUUUAAAACGGAUUUUACACAGAAAUCGUUAUAAAACAAACAUCUACCUACUGCUCUUGUGUCCCUGAUAACAAUUUAAUGAUAUCAAAUGUAACAUUUAUCAUCACUUUCACAUUUUUAUAGGACUGAAGCGAAAAAUACACAAAUUGUGUGUCUACAGUCUCUUUAUUUUUGUAAAAAAAUAUUUUUUAUUUAAAAUUUUAACUAAAACCACAAUUUUAUUGUUUUAGCCCUUAACAUUUCAGAUGUUAAUCAGCAAGAAAUACUUUUGUUCUUAAUUAAAAAAAAGUUUUUUUUAAUCAAAUGUUUUGCAUUUUUUUAGAAAAAUAUUUUUUACAAGAAAGGAACACAAGUGAAUGCUUACAUUGUUGCCAAAAAUCACAAACACUAUGCACAUUUUGUUAAUAAUUUUCUAAGUACAAACUCAGGCACAUUACAAAAUGCUUGGUUCAAGAUAGAUAUAAUACAUUAUUUUAUGCUAAAAAUAUAAAAAUGCAAUAAUUAUUUUUAUUAAUUAUAAUGGGCAUCCCAAAGUUUUGUGAAAAGCUUCUAACAAUUCAUUUUGGUGAACCACCACUUUAGAAACUGAAAUAUUACCGAAUCCCAGGAAUGACCCAGAAAUUAAGCUUCCUAUUGAUAUUUGACUCAAAGUUUUUUUUUUUUUUUUUUAAGCCUUUGUAAUGCCAUUUUUCUAACUUUAUUAAAUGUAGGUGAUCUUUUGUGCUAAAAAAUUAACUAAACAAUAAAUUCAGUUAAAAUGAUAAGAUAUAACAAUAACAAUCAGGAAGAAUAAGUUUCCAGUCAAAUGAAAUCAGCAUCAACAAUUCAUCUUUGCAUGGCACAGAAGAGCACAAAUGUGGCAUUAAGGAAUAUUUACAGAAUUUAAGAAAUUUUUGACAAGACUCAGAGAUGGCAUUAAUGCAUCUCAUAAUAACAAUGUUAUGAGAUUGAUGUUUUAAAUAUAGACAUUUCAAUUAUUUAAAUGACUCAAUUUAUACUUUAAAAAUGAAACAGAAACCGCCAGUAGGUGGAAGCAAGCCACUGUCUUUGUCACUGAAUCAUUCAUUCAAUCGAUUCGUUCAAACGGCUGAUUAGUUUAAGAACGAAGCAAGUGACUCUCUUUAUGAAUGGGUCAUUGAAUCAUUGACUCACUAGAUUUGUUCAAAAGCAAAGAUUCAUUCAUAAACGAAACAGCGCUGUGUCAAAGACUUGCGCAGAGGCUCAGCUGUGACUUUGUUUUUUAACUAUAUUUUUGUUGACGAAAUAGAGCAAAAUAGACAACAGUGUUUCUAAAAUGUAAGUCACUUAAUAUGAACUUUUGUAUAAAAUCAAAAAUGUAUAAACUGUUGUAUAAAUUCAGUUCCACAUUUGCAAACUCUCUAUAAUCAUUAAAAAGCUGUUACCCUCCGUUCAUCAUUAAUCUCACAAACUUCCAUGUUAAUGAAUGAAGCUCUCUACACUGCACACUGAAUAUAUUAUUUACAUCGUCUCUGCACUUUGUUUGUUACAAUGAAUGACAACAACUGCAGUCUGCUUCACGGUCUGUGCUGAGGAGCAGGACGCAUUUCUAUUGGCUGCAGUCUGUAUUAAAUGGCAAAAGACGGAAUUGUGCAGCGAACCAUAAACACAGCGCUCCGUUUAUAUGCAGAACUGGGAUCGCUUUUUUUUUUUUUUUUUGCUGGGAUUCUUUUUUUUUUUUUGAAUAACCUGCAUUUCAAAUGUUAUCGCUAGGAUGCACAUAUCCAUUAUUAUAAGCAACAAGCACUGUAACAUGAUUGAUGUGCAGAGAUUGCACUGUAAAUAGCUAAUUCAGAUAUACAUCACAUUUAAAUUUAUUAUAUAAAAUGAUUAAGUUAAUGUGUGUUUCAUAUGUUUUAUGUUUAUUGUAUGGUCUAUACCAGUGUCAAAUAUGAAUUUCUGUCCAGAACCUCUGUACAGACAAUAAAGUAAAUUUAAUUGGGGAUAAUAGAUUAACGCCGAUCCAUUUUGUUUAUUUAGAUUUUAUAUUAUUGUAAUAUAGAUAUUGCAAACAUUUUCAAUAAUAAUAAAAAUACAACCAUUAAAUUUAUAUUAAGGCUUUACCUCGCUAAUAACGCCUCAGUCAGGUCAAAGAAAUGUUUUAUUAGUUUAUCAUCUAAUACAAUACAAAACAUGUUAUUCUGAAAUUAAGGACCCAUGAAGUUGACGUUGAUGGUCCACAUGGAGACGCUAUAUCUCAGCUGACUUUGAAAGUGCAUUGAAAGUUUCACUUGGGGCUUACCCCUGAUUUCCCUGAGUUAUUAGUCUGUUUAGACUAUCCAUGUUCAAUUCUAACUUGACUAGUUCAAAUCUCAACAACAUUAUUUAUUGUUGCAAGAACAGUUUGAUACAGUAUAAAUGUUACUUCUUUUUUCCUUCUUCUUCUUCUUCUUCUUCUUCUUCUUCUUCUACACAUUUGUCCUAGUUUCACUGUCUGUUUUAGAUUUAUUUUAGUGCAGACUACCUGCAUCAGACUAACCCCCAUGAGAGGAAACUUCCUCUUAAGAUAUUUCCUCAUUGUGCUGUGAAGACGCUUGAUAAGAUCCUGAACACAGAUGAUCUGAAGCAGCGUCACACUCUUCUGCUGGGAUCGAGCUCUUCUGGAAACUGGACUUUAGAGAAAUGAUGCUCAUCUUUGGACUGAUGCUGCUGCUGCAAACUGCUGCAUGUCUGGAUCACUUCUGCAAGUUUGAUCGACCAAAUACGAUCAAACCGUGUUACGCAGCUCUGGGACACAAACUCAAUCUGCAGAUGAAGCUGAACCCUCAAUAUCAAGACCUUCGUUUGUUUAAGAGGUUAAAUAAUGGCAGUACACUGGAUGUUUUUAGCAUAAAGAAAAAUACAGAGCAUAAACAUGAAUCCAUCAGAAACAGAUCUGAGUUCUCAUUUGAUAGUAUGACUCUGAUCAUAAACAAUGUGAUUAAAGCAGAUUCAGGGACUUACAGAUCAAUGGUCGUUGAGAUGGAUAUGGCCACUCUCAGUGAACUUUACGUGAUUGUUGAAGCUCCUAUUGGCUCAGUGGAAGUGUCAAUCAUCUGCUCCUCCAGUGGGGUGAUGAGGGUGUUCUGCUCCUCUGAGGGGGAUCAGCUCCUCUACAGCUGGACUCUGAAUGGAGAUCCACUGAUGGAUGGAAACAGCAGCAUUGAUCUGGAUGAGGGAACUGAUGGAAACAUCAUCUGCAGCGUGAAGAACCACGUCAGUCACGCACAGAAGACCAUUAGACUCGAACCCUGUCCUGCUGGAGCAAAUACUGCCACUGUGACCUCUAGUGUGACCUCUAGUGUGACCUCUGCAGUGACCAGCAGCACACAGACAUCAGAAUGCAUGUCUGUGGUGUUUGUGCUGGUCUGGUGUUUCCAGCUGAUGGUUCUGUUGGGUCUGUUAGGAGCUUUUCACAUCUACAUGAGACACACGUCAGGAGAGAAACAGGAAGAUCAGAAAGUGAGGAAGAGAAGAUUUAGAGAAGGACAUGAACACACAGCAGAAGAUUCAUGAGAGCAGCAGCAGAUCAUCACAUCUAUGAGAAAUGACUUCCUAUAAUUCUCACGUCAAUCCAGCUUUCAUCUGUCUUUUAUUUCUCUGAAUAAAAUUUGUCAGACUGUGAAGUCAUUCUGUGUUUAUUUUCACAUUUCUGCUCUUGCUCGUUUACUUUAUUCUGUUUGUUUUGGUUGAUUUCUCUCAUUUUCAGCGUCUGUUUAGAUGUUUAUCUGUUUGAAGCUCUUGAUCCGUUUCUCAGUUUUGUGGUGCCUGUUUUAUUUUCAGACUUUUUUUUUUUUUUUUAACUGACUGUCUUUUUAGAUGACUUUUAACAUGUUUAAUUCGUGCAUUUGUAAAUGGAGUUAGUGUUGGAAAUAACGUGCAUUGAAAUAAA